AUGAAGGAGUUUAUUAUUUUCCGACACAUAUCUCUAGAAUGUCGCAACGUCCGGUCAUUGCCAUUCCGGGACUCGCGUGCGAGACCUCCAGCUUCUCUCCCGCACGGACGCUGGUUCCGGCUUUCCAUCCUUGCCGUGGGAAAGAAUAUCCGUGUCUUCCAUCCUGCUACUGCACUGGGGGAUGCAGCCGACUGGAGGGGAGCUUUGACCGGCCAUGCCUUGCCUGGCGGUGUCGUAACGCGACGGGCGAUUGAGGAGCUCGCGGACGAGAUCAUCGCUCGACUAGGGGACCUGGUGGCAUCGACCGCUGUUCAUGGACUCGGGUAUAAUAUACAUGGUGCGAUGUGUGUGGAAGGCUUUGAUGAUGUGGAGGCCGAGCUUCUUCGGCGCAUUCGACGGGUUGUUGGCCCCGAAGUCGUCGUGUCGGCGUCAAUGGAUCUCCAUGGCAACGCGUGGGUGCCCGUUCCUAUCCUACUGCCAGGAGAACAGACGUCGACACGUUUGGAUCCUCUCGCCAAAAGUCUCUACGCAAUGGUGUCCCAGGUCGAGGGGAUUCCGGGAGUUCUAGAUGCAGCGAUCUGGGUUGGGUACGCAUGGGCAGAUGAGCCUCGCAAUCGUGCUGUGGUGGUUGUGACGAGCUGGAAUGAAGCAGCGGUCGCUGCAGGAGCAAAGCGGUUAGCGCAGUAUUUUUGGGAUUCACGCCAGGGGUUUCAGUUUGUGGCGCCGACUGGAUCCUUUGCGCAGUGCAUCGAUACGGCUUUGGCCUCGCCUGCUCGCCCUUUAUUUAUCCCGGACUCUGGCGACAACCCGACUGCUGGUGGCGCAGGCGACGUCACCUGGGGUCUCACAGAACUGCUCUCCCGACAGGAAUUCUGCGAUGAGAUAGGCCCAACAGUUAUUUACGCCAGUGUGCCCGGCCCUGAGGCUGUUGAUAAGAUGGUACAGGCCGGGGUUGGCGCCACCGUUACUGUCACCGCGGGAGCUCAAGUGGACAACCUCCACGCAGGCCUGCUCACCAUGACUGGCCGUGUUCAUGCAAUCAAGCAUGGAGACCGACAUGCGAUCAUUGAAGCAGUUCUGCAGGUCGGGAGCGUGUACACCAUUUUGACUCGCCUACGCAAGCCCUAUCACCGGGAGAGUGACUUCACCGAUCUUAAUUUGCGUCCCUGGUCGAUGGAUAUUGUGAUUGUCAAAAUCGGACUGGAGGCUUCAAGCGGCUUAACUCCAGGUGGUGUUGAUCAAGACCUGGAACGGCUAGGCCAUCGUCGCAUUCAUCGCCCCAUGUGGCCGUUUGACAAGAGUUUCUCGGUGCAACCAGAUCUUGAACCACGGUUUAUUCCUUUUUUCCACAUCCCAUUUAAACCCACGGGAAGAUAA